AUGUUGAGCACAAGCCGCUGGCAAUGCUCAAGAUGUCUUGGUCAACAGUUGCGCACGGCAGCUAGACCGCGGAUUGCUGCGCGCCUCCAGAGCACAGCUGCGACCUCUACCCUGCCAGUCGAUGGGCCUUCUCCCAUCUUACUGCGGCGCGCCCGUAUCAUUGCGGCUGAGCAUGCUACCCUUUCCGCCGAAAAUGCAAAAGACUAUUCUGUUACUACGGCUAAGCGAAUCGGCGAGAUCUCCCCAAUCGCAUCUGCUCUGAAGGCAUACGAAGAGGCUCGUGCCUCCAUCGUGGAACUUGAGUCUCUGCUCGUAGAUCCAUCCACCGAUACUGAGCUCCGUGAUCUCACCCACUCCGAGAUUGCUACUCUGGCCUCGUCAGUGCCCACGCUCACGACCCAACUCAGCACCUCCCUCAUCCCACGACAUCCUUUCGCAAGCAUGCCAUGUCUGAUCGAGAUCCAUCCCGGUGCUGGGGGCAGCGAAGCGUCCCUCUUUGCGCACACCAUCCUCAGCAUGUACCAGUCCCUCUGCACACGCCUGAAUUGGCCACAGACCCUCACUUCCUACACACCCGACAGCAACCUUUCCGAAUCCACGCCAGGCAUCACAUCCGCUAUUCUAGAAGUCUCUGCCCCAAAUUCCUACAACGUCCUCCGCACGGAAGCCGGUGUCCAUCGCGUACAACGGGUCCCCACGACCGAGAAAAAGGGCCGCACGCACACUUCUGCCGUCUCCGUCCUCGUCAUGCCCUCCUUCCCAGAGAAGCCUGAGGAGAGCGAGCACAACUACGCCGAUCCGUCAUCGGAUUACUAUAUUCCGCCACAAGACGUGCGCUCGGAAACGAUGCGAGCGAGCGGCGCGGGCGGCCAACACGUCAACAAGACGGACAGUGCCAUCCGGCUGACGCAUGUUCCGACGGGAAUCGUGGUGGGAAUGCAGGAGUCGCGGUCGCAGCAUGCCAACAGGACAAAGGCGUGGCAGGUGCUCCGGGCCAAGAUCGCACAGAAGAGACGCGAAGAACGAGAGGAAGAGAUGCUGGCGCUGAGAAGGAAGGCGAUGGGUGGCGUGGCGAGGACGGGCAGAGAGGACAAGGUGAGGACGUACAAUUACAGUCAGAGCCGGGUCACAGAUCACCGCAGCGGGUGGCAAGGUAUGGACCUGGAAGGCUUACUCGAGGGUGGAGAGUCGUUAGAGAAGUGUAUGCAAAGUGUCAGAGAGUGGAUGGAUGAAAAUGAGGUAAAGGGGCUUGUGGCGGAGGAGGAGGCGAAGGCGAGUGAGGUAGCAGAGGCCAAGAGAGCCUGA